CCCCUGGGUGCGCGCACGCACGCAGCCAUUGCCUCCUCCCUCCGCCGUUCUCUUCCGAGUUAUGUAACGGCGCUGCGCGCUCUCGCCCCGCCGAGGCCCAAUGGCGAGCGGACUGGAGGGGGAGGGGGGAGGCCGUGCGUGCGCGCUCUCGCAGGCUCAGGCGCGGCCCCGCGGCAGUGCGUGCGCGCUCACUCGCCCCCUCCCCCAGUCUUUCUGUCUCGGCCGUCGCGGUCGCCUUUUUUCAUCCUUCCGUCCCCCCACUUGCUCGCGUGAGGUGCUCGCAGCGGACCGGCCCCCGCUGAACUCGCCAUGGCUGACGAGAAGCCCAAGGUGAGCGAAGGCGGCGGGGAGCGGAGGCAACGGAGCCGGCGGGGACGGAGGCGGCGCAGCGUCGGCUCCGCCGCGCCGGUUCUUGCGCGCCAUUUUCCACCCCUCCCCCUCUCCGCCUUAAUCGGAUUUCUUUCUAGGGGGAGGGGGAGGAAGGGAUGGGGGUGCCCCCUCGAGGAGCUCGCCUUUCCUUACAGCGGCGAGCCUCCCUUGCCCCUGCGGAGGGCUGCGGAACGGCCCCUUCCCUCUCGGGUUUCUGUUGUUGAUGUUGUGGCCCCCUCCCUUUGCAAGAAAGAGGCGCUAGUCCCUCGUGUGCUGGGCGCCGUCCGCAGCUUUAUUGACCGGCGAGGGGGGUGGCGAUGGCGAUGGGAAGGCCCCUCUUUGUGUCGCUUCCUUCCGGGCCGCCCUGCACGCUGCUUGCUGUCCUCCUGAAGUGGCCCUGGGCGGCAGGUAACCCCUCUUUCUCUCCCCGCUUCCCGCGGAGGUAACUGGCCUCUGGGUGGCCUGGCUUUUCCUUUUCCUCCCUCCUUCCUUCCUUCCCUCCCUCCUUUUCCGACGUACGCCUCGUUUUAAAUGUGACUUCGGAGGCGCCAAAACGUUGGCUGCGCGAAAAACCCCUUUCCUCUCGCGGACUCCGCGGGAUCCCGCCCGCCGCUCAAGGCGGUUGAACAGAGGAACGUUACUAUUAUUUUUUUUACAAAAGGGGGCGACGGUGGUGGUGUUCUGUGCGUGCGUGCCUUUUGGAUGGAGUUUGCUUUGUGUGCGGGAGUGUGCAAGGGCGAGAUCGGAGGUGUGGGGCUUCGCUGCUGCGCCUUCCAGGAGCUCUCUGCAAAGCCUUGCAGCGUGAGGGCCCUGUGGCGCCUGUGGUUUUUGUAUUUUUGUGCGUGUGUCUGAGGUGCAUCGGAGGUAGGCCAUAGGGAACGUCUGUUGUGUGGAGUCGGGCGUACUGUGAACUUAAUGGGAUGGUCAUAGUCAUGGGUUCUUCAAAGGUACGAGUUGUACCAUGAGGCUCUGAGCUCGUAGCGAUCAGAAAUAGGGAAUGAUCCUAAGGUCAAACGAUGCCCUUUUAAGUGGCACCCCAGCAUACCUGCAUAGCUUACAGUAUAGUAUGGAGGAACCUUACCCAGACCCAGACUAGUAGGUGCUAUGUACUUUUAAAAAAUGGUGGGCAUGCUUGCAAAGUAACUUUUUGUUUCUUAAGUUCCUUAAGAUAAAAGCUAAAAAGCUCUUAAGGUGUCUUCAUGGUGGUGGUGGUGGUAGUUGUUUUUUAACCCUGUUGAGUGAGAGAAGAUAAGCACAUUUUAAGAUACAUUAUUUUUCUUUUCCUCUUAUUUAUUAUAUUUAUAUCCAGUGUUUCUGCCGAUUAAUUUAAGGUGGAUUGCAUCCCCCCCCCAAUUUGAUCCCCAUAACAACCCAGUGAAAUAGUUUAAGGCUGAGACAGUAACUAGCUCAAUAACACCCUGUGAAGUUUAUGGCAGAGGAGAUUUGAACCCUAAACCCAGAUCCAAAACUUAGCUAAGAAAAUGUCUUUUUUCUUUCUUUCUUUCUUUCCUUUUUUUUUUGCAGUGCUGGAGUUAUUUUAAGAAAGAAAAAGAGAAGUAGUUCUGUUCUCAUUAUGCUAAAGGGACAGAAUAAAACAAUAAUUGCAUGCAUUAUGAGGCUGUGCUUCAGAGUUGUGUACAUAAAUACACUAGAACAAUAACUUAAUGCUUGCCUUUAGUUUAAAUAAAGCAAGAGAGGUGUUGGUAAUUGUCAGGUCUGUAGCUAAAGCUCCAAGAAUAGCUGUAGCUUUCCUAAGAAGGAUAAAAUUAACUAUUGUGCUCUUUACAGCUGCAUGCUGCUGCCUUAACCUUUAAAACUCUUUCCCCAUAUAGUAAGUCAAGAGCACUUUGGCUCUUAAAUUCCUCAUUAUAUGGUGCUGGUCAGUUUUAUUGGGUGAUUUAAAAUGAAAUGUCUGAGUAGGUAAGCCCCACUGAGCUCACUUGUGCUUACUUCCAGGUAAGUUUGUGUAGAAUUGCAAACUUAAUGAGGUUUGUUAGUUUUAGUAUUGCCAUGUAUUGUUGUGAAUCUUGUAUAGUAGAUAAAUCAAGUGAAAUCUAUGUUUAGUUCAGAACACAAAGCAUAGAAAUAGUUGCAGUGAUCUAAUUGACCUGUCUACUAUGGACCAUUUGUUAGUUGGCAACAGCCCACUAAAACCACUUACUAAUGAAUGAUAUUUCUGAAACAGAGCUGUAGUGGCUAGUCUUUGAGAACUCUGGUUGUGAUAAUGCGUAUUGAACUUGAGGAUUCAUUACUAGAUGGAAUAACUUUAAAAUCAUUAUGCUUUUUUUUCCCGUACAGGAAGGUGUGAAGACUGAAAAUAAUGACCACAUUAAUCUGAAGGUUGCAGGGCAAGAUGGAUCUGUGGUGCAGUUUAAGAUUAAAAGGCAUACACCACUUAGCAAACUAAUGAAAGCCUAUUGUGAACGACAGGUGAGAAGACUGUAUGAAUACUCAAAGAAACAUUUUGAGGCACCUUCAUGCCUAUUAACCCUGUAAUAAACAUGUACAAUUGUACAUGUAAUGAAAGUGCAUCCUUUCAUGAUCUUCAGUACAGAGGUACCUCGGAUUAAGAACUUGAUUCGUUCUGGAGGUCUGUUCUUAACCUGAAACUGUUCUUAACCUGAAGCACCACUUUAGCUAAUGGGACCUCCUGCUGCCGCCGCGCCACCACAGUACGAUUUCUAUUCUCAUCCUGAAGCAAAGUUCUUUACCCGAGGUAAUAUUUCUGGGUUAGUGGAGUCUGUAACCUGAAGCAUAUGUAACCCAAGGUACCACUGUACUCUCAAGGAAAAGGUUCAUUCUCAGUUCAGCUUUCUCCAUAGCUCCCACCUAUUUAGAAGAAAAGUGCUACAUUCCUUUUGGGGUUUUCCAGCUUGGUGAACGAAGCAAAAACAGAAAACAAAACAGAAGAAAGCGAGUCUAGGCAUUUUGGUGCUGAUAGUUAACUUUUAUAGUAUUUGCUUUUGUAUUGUUUGGAAUAAUUUUAUUAUAGCAGGUUGAGGUAGUAUUAAGUUAUGACACCUGUUUUUGCAGUUGAGUUUGGGGAAACUUAUACAGUGUUUUCAUCUUAUGGUCUGUUUUCCACUCUUCUGGCUUGGAAAUAAAUCUGCUUCAAGAGGUGCAUACUUCCUUAUUGCAGCUUUAGAAAACUUAAGACUACCACAACCUAGUAAAUAAAAUGGGAACAAUUUUCAUAGUAAUAAGGCAAUGUAAGAAUAUUAACACAAAACAUUUGAAUAUUUUGAGAUUCUGUACAUGUCACGGUGAAGUUGGUCUCUGAAGUUAGCUUGCUCUACCACUUGUUAUUAACAUGGUUAGGGCAUAGCACUUAUAUUCACAAACUUUAGAUAUGAUGCAAGUUGUGAACAAUAGUUAUCCUGUUAAGCUUUCACUGAAGGACUGUGAACAGACUUCACCCUAAGGUUUGUGCUAGACUGAGUGCUUUGCUUACACUGCAGUCUUCUCAAAAUUGUGUUGUGGCUUUACCAUAGAGUGGUAAGCUAGCUCUGUCUUUUGCAGAAGCUUGUGUCUUAAGCUGAGGAUGAGGGAUAAGUUUUGGAUGAAAGAAACUGUUGGUCAUUCUGCGAAUACUUCAGUGGAACAUUCAACCUCAUUUUAGUAGACUUUCAUGUAAUUGUUGAGGAGCAAGAACAUGGCAGUCUUCCAACAUAAUGCUUGCUAAAGAUAUUCUACAGUGGUACCUCGGGUUACAUACGCUUCAGGUUACAUACGCUUCAGGUUACAGACUCCACUAACCCAGAAAUAUUACCUCGGGUUAAGAACUUUGCUUCAGGAUGAGAACAGAAAUCGUGCAGUGGCAGCGGGAGGCCCCAUAAGCUAAAGUUGUGCUUCAGGUUAAGAACAGUUUCAGGUUAAGAACAGACCUCCAGAAUGAAUUCAGUUCUUAACCCGAGGUACCACUGUAUAUCCAAGCAUCACUAAACACUGAAAGUAUAAUACAAAAUAUGCAAAUAAAUGAUGAGACUAAGGUGUAGCAUUUCAUGAGGACAAAGGAAAAUAACUUAGGAAAAUGGUAAGACAGGAUCAUUGAUGCAUUGGAUCAAGCAGGUACAGAAUUAUGCAUGGUACGCAGCAGAGGUCCACAAGUUCUUGCUAUGGCAAGCAUAAGUAACCCCAACACCUCUGAUGCACAGUGAGACAAUCUCUUUUUUGUCCCUAUAUCCACGCUUGGAAGGAGAGAUGGGACUACUUUGUGCUUUGCUGGGCCUUCCCAAUGUUAUGGAAGCACUGCACAACAAGGAUGAAUUCCAAAGCUGAAGACUAUUCCUGACCCAUAGUAUAUGUCAGACGCAAGAUUCCUUCCCAUGUUGCAGGAGUAAGAGCUGGAUGCUUGUUGACCCCGUGGGCUAGGUUUGACAGGGCUGACCACCUAUCAAUCACCUAAUAUGUCACAGUGAUGUCCUGUGACCUGUUUUUGCCCAUGCAUUUGAUAUCAAACCAUAAGAGCAAAGGCAUGAUGUCUUGCUACCCCUGACCCUUUACCUGCACCAUGCCUGAUGUCUUGUGAUUUCAAGUGCAAGUAAACGUUGCUUGAUCACAAUGGCUACACAGUGCAAAUGUGGAAGUCUUGUGGGCCUCACUGCUGCCAUAUUGUAAGGUGGGCACAUACCUGAUUACUGCAAAUUUGACUGGAGAAAAUUGUGGAUGUGAGAAGGUUUUGUGUUUGUUUUUUUAAAAAAGUCCUAAAUUGCCAGUCUUCCCUAUGAGAAUCUGUUUCUAGCCUAAAAUGUGGGGGUAAAAAAAAUAUGACAUGGUUUAGAGAAAAUCUCUAAGCAGUUUAAUUAAAACAGCAGAAUAAUAAUAAUAAUAAAGCAUUAUUAGUUAUAAAAUGAGCACACAAGAAAUGUAGCUUUGGCCUUUGGUGCUGAAAGUAACAAUUGGGCUAAAGUACAGUAUGUUACAAGUGACAAAUUCCUACUUGUGGUAGAAUGUGUCAGUUCAUGUAGUUAAGUGGCAGCCCUAAAAGUAUGCAGCAAAGCAGUGGGUUAAAGCGGGCAGAGCAGUUUGGAUUUACAAUAUAUGGGCUUAGUCAUGAUAGUUUAUUUUACUUCUGGACUAACUGGAAGUAAGGACCAGUGCACACUCAUUCAAGGUAACAAUGCUCGUACCUAAGGUUCUAUCUCAUCUUCACAUUGUUUCAAAAACAUACCCAAAUAAUAAUUAGGCAUAUUUAGUAUGCACAGAUUAUAGGAUCAGUUCUAUAACUUUUCAAGAUUUCUAGCCCAUGUAAUAUUUUGGGAGCAAACCUUGGCUUCUAUUUUGGUAAUUGAAGCUUCCUAGUGGCCAAAAUGAUGGUAUAACCAAAAAAAUGAGAGAGGAACUGCACUUAAGUGGAAAAAAGAUAAUUUUAAACUUAAUAUACAGCCUUGACAUAGCUUACUCGGAAAUGCUUUUGUUGUGCCUUGCAGAACUCAUAAGUGCAGAAACAGCGGUUUUGUUAGAUGUUUGCAAUGCAGUGCAAUAAACCUAGAAAAAUAUUCUUGUUUCUCUGCUUUGGCUGUGGGUGAAAUUCAGUGUAGCAUUAUUACAAAUACUCUGACUGCAGAAGCAUUGCCGCUUGCCAGAUGGAACUGUCGCUCCCCCCCCCAUGCUGUUUGUGGGGUUCUACCACCAGCAGCCAAUUUUGAGGGGUGGGGAGGGAGAGACCUGUCAUACAAGAGGAAGUCCUUGCACAGGGCUUCCACUAAUGGGGUACAUUAAGUGAAUCCUGCUAUCCUUCUGAAAUGUCAGUCCUUCUGAGACUUGCCACCUUAAAGUCUCAUUCAAGUUUACUCCCAAUUGUGAUCUGAAAUCACUGCUUUUGGACUUGAAAAUUUAUCUAGCAUCUCCUACAUGCUACCAGUAGGGGCACUGCUGAACACCUUUAUUACACAAGCAACACUUAAUUUACCGCUCAAUAAUUGUAUUUUGGUAUACUUUUCGUAAAUGCAAAGAUUGGUAAAAUAAGUAUGAUGGCUUGUGGUAGCUGUUUGGCUCAGCUGAUAAGUAAUUGAGACCCUUCCUUUUUUAAAUUUGUAUUUAUGUAGGGUUUGUCAAUGAGGCAAAUCAGAUUCCGGUUUGAUGGGCAGCCAAUCAAUGAAACAGAUACACCUGCACAGGUAAGAAAAAAGCUGCCAAAGUUUCUGCUAGAGUGAAAACAGAAAAUAAGAAUACAAAUAUCAGCUACGAAAUAGUUUAAUACUAAAUCUUAUCCAUGUUAAUAGGUAGGUCAUGCUGAUUUGCAACUAACACUGUGGUAUGUAGAACACUUAUUCAGUUAGUUGCCAAAUGCAACAAUUAAAUUUUUUUUUAGAUUUUAUGUCCCUAGUUCUUGAUAAUCGGGUCCUGCAUGCAGUUUGCGACAACCUAAAAGUACAAUUUGAAUUUUACCCAAUUCUCCCUGUGCCAUCCUAAUACUUUAGCCUUCAUUGCAGGUGUAGGGAGUUUUAAUCUGAUCCCUGUACAGUAAUACAUUAUUAUUGUUACGGAUUCACCAUCCUGACAAGUGAAUAGUACAAUUCUUCUGUCUUAAUUACAGAAAAUGCACUUAAGUUUACUAUAAUUAACUCUGGAUUAUUAAUCUCUGUUGGCUUCGAUUCAAAAGUGUCUUGCACAAGUGGAAAGAAGACACUUGCAUGCAGACAAGAUAGCCUUUCCUGAAUUCUGUCAGUCUUCCUAUCCUGCAGUAGCGCUCUCCCCUUCCCCCCGCAUGCCCAUACUAUGCCAUUCUGGAGGGGCCUUUGCUCCCUAUGGAGUGGCUUUUGAGAGACACCUGGGACUCCACUGGGAAAGGUAAACCAGGAAAUUCCCGUUGCACAAGCUCUGUGCCAUUUGUGCUUCUGUUGAUCCAAUCCAUUGAGUCUGGCAGUACCAACAGAAUUCAGUUCACUCAUUCUGUAAUGCAACCUUGUUUUCUAGUUUAGGUACAUUAGUGGACUUCGUGUUACAACCACAGUGCAAUCUUUAGGCUCUUGUAUUUGCUUGUAGUUCUCUUUAGAGCAGGAGAAAUGCAAAUAAAAAUGUUUUGAUUGUGUCAUUUGUUGUAUUUUGAAUUGAAUUUUAAAUCUUUUCAAUGCAGUUGGAAAUGGAGGACGAAGAUACAAUUGAUGUGUUCCAGCAGCAGACAGGAGGAGUCUACUAAAAGAGAACCAAACUCCCUUUCCCACAGACAACACAUUCACAAUUAGAAAAACGAGACUUGGUUCAGCCACAUCUUGACUACUGCAGUAUAGCUUUCUCUCUCUGAUUUCUUUUCCUAUUCCUUCUAUUGUACAUAACGUAACUGGUGUAUGUGCACAGACAUGCAUAUUUUUUUUAACUAAAUGGCCAAUGGUAUGUUUUGAUCAACAUCAUAUGGAGAUGGGGUGGUAAAAACAAACUGGUCUGUGAAAAUGCCCCAUUCCUCCAUGGCAUGCUCCUCUAACUUUUAUCUUUAUAUUCCAGUAAGUUAUUUUGCUCUCAUUGUUGAAAAACAAAAACCUUGCAUACCUUAUUUGAUUGGAUAAUUUCAAUGUUUUUCUUUUAUCGUUGUACAACCAAGGACGAUUUUAUAACUUUUUUGUACGUAGCUGUUACAUGUAGAGCAAUCUGUCUUUAAGUAGGGGUAAAUUACUCUAAACAAAAAUUUGAUCUUGGAUAGUUUUCCCUUCAAGUAAAGCGUCUUGUUGUUUAAAUAAACUUCUUGUUUAAAAUAAGCUUAUUUUUCUGUGUUGUGAUAACAUUUAAACUUGGGAUGAGUCAGCUGAUGUGGCAGACACUGAAUCCACUAGUUACUUGCUGUUGUUUCAUCAAAUUGCUUGCCCAGUUAUUAUGCUGCCCCCUACUGUCUAGAGCAGAGUAAAAUUGUCAGAGGCAGAGAGACAGACUUUUAUCCUUUUUUAAAAAAAGAAUAGCUCUUGUACUGGAAACCUUGGAAAGAAAUGCCAAGGUUUCUACAAUAGAUAGCCAGAUGAAAAUGUUUUGCUUGUGUUUCAUAGAAUCAUAGAGUUGGAAGGGACCACAAGGGUCAUCUAGAUCAACCCCUUGCAAUGCAGGAAACCUGUCCAACAUUGGGUCAGACCCAUGACUGAGAUUAAGAGUCUCAUGCUCUACCAACUGAGCUAUCCCAAGUAUAUACAAAAGGAAACCAGCUGGCACGCACCUUUAUAUUUGUGUAUAAUUGACAGGCUGUUCUGAAAGACUACAGUCAAACAAUAUGUAAUGUGGGUGAUCUGUGGCUAGGUUCCUUCGAGGCUUUUUAGUGAUUAUCCAUCCUCACACAGCUACUUUGAAGUGCUGGUGAAAUGUUUAACCCUUUUUUCACAUACAGUUUCCCUCACAUUCCCCCUAUCUAAAAAGCAACCCAUCACCCUGCUAUUAACUUUGUGGGGAGAAACGCAAGAUGGAGGCUUUAUGGAGAGGUGGUUUAUGGGUCUGGAAGAUAGAGACAAAUUUCCGGUUCUGGAUGGGGUUGCACUCCUCUGGAAGCAGGUAUAAAGCUUGGAGGUGUAGUUAAUAGUGCCUUUUACCUGUUUUCUCUGGAACAACCGUUUUGGCCGCAUCAGGAUUGGGCUGGCUCGGCUAGUGGUAACCUUGAGACUGGAUUCCUGUAGUGGGCUAUAUGUGGGGCUGCACUUGGGCCUGGUCUAGAAGCUCCAGCUAGUGCAGGAUGCAGGGGCUAGGCUGCUGAUGGUGUCAGAUGGCCAAUAGCAUGGAGCACCUCUGCUAAAACCUCUGCCCUGGCUGCCCAUAUGCUCCUGGACUAGGCCUGAACAACUUUGGGUCCAGGAUAUCUUAAGGACUGCCUGAACCUGUGAUUGGUGAUCAAUCAGUCAGAUCAUCCAGAAGAGCGCUGUUAGUUGUCCCACAUGUUAGAGAGGACUGACUGGUCUCCGCUAGAAGAUGGACAUUCCACAUCUGACCUGUGGAAUAAAUACUAUUUCAGGAGAGAUUUAGCAGGCACUCUUAGUACUUUCAUAAAGAUCUUUUUAUGCUAUUAGGACCUGUGCAGCUGUUAAAACUUUAUUGAUUAGCUAGUCAUUUUCAUAAUCAUUUUAUAUUGUUUUUAUGGUGUUUUAUGUUUUGUUGUAUAUAUUAUUGUACUCUGCCUUGAAAUAUGAGUUGGUGGCAUAUAAAUAAAUGAAUAGCUUGAGAAGGCUGAUUUAGAUUGGGGAAAAUAGCCUAAGAUGAAAGGGGAUGAAACCUCAUUUCCCCUAUCUUUGGAGUAGUUGCUUGGGAUCAGUUAUUAAAAAUAACUGGAUAGUGGAUCUCCUAUGUCACAUUAGUUUUGCCUACUUAAGUUCAUAACAAAGUAAUCUGUAAAAUAUAAAGUACUGUUCCUUACAAUAAACUGCUGUUAAGUUAUAAAAAAGGAUAAAGCUAUUACAUUAAUAGAGGGCUCAGUAUUUACAUGUUUUUCAUCUGCUAAGGAGUAAAAUAUGGUUAGGAUAUUAUGAGAUUAUUUUACACAUUUAGUAAUUAAAACAGUGCUCUCAUCAAAAACAACAGUAUACCUUGUGGAAUGGGAAAACAGACAUUGUAGUUUGUUCCAGUCUUGUAAUUUUUUAUGUGAAUACAACAUUGGGGUUCUAGCAUUAGUGUGAAGGCCUAAUUAGUGCUGAGAGGUUGUUAGUGCAGAAAUUGCCAUAUAUGCAGUUGCCUUCCUACUUUUUCCAGAACCCUGCUGCAGCUGGGCAGUUAAGUUACUCUUGUUGCCUUGUGGAGAUUCAGGUAAGCCUUCAUAGGAGCCAUAGGAGCUGGUGCAAAACUGUCAGCCCACGGUCAUAAGUUGUGAUAAAGUUGAGGUAUCUAGUUCAGAGCAGCCAGGUUUAAGAUUGUAAUUUUACUGUAAAUAUUACUAGUUCUGCUUCUGCUGUUAAAAAUCCAUGUUAUGGGGCUUCUUGAGACGAGAUGGAAGGAGAGGCAGGAGAGAGGCUUCAGCAUCCAUUGUCAUAAUUUGAGUUCUACGCAUGCUGAUGAAAUCCAAAUUUUAAGAAUGUCCUAAGAAUACUGGGGUAUAUUUUUUAACGUAUUUUUAAAUUUAAGAUUUUGUCUCCAUCCGAAAUUGUAUAGAUUCACCUGAUAGUAUGUACUUAUAAGUAUUUUAAAACAAGGCAAUCUCAAGAAAUUUAUUACUAAAAUGAAAUUGUUACUGUCUUGUUGGAAUGGAGUUAAGCAAGAGCAUCUGUAUUCCAGAAAUGUUAUGCUUAUUUACUUUUGUACUGCCUUUCUGAAAACUACCAAGGCAGUGUAUUAAAAAUAAAAAUGUGAUAAAAACAUUGCAAGUACUGCUAAAAGAUACAGAAGUUCAAAUUAGGAAGAUGUGCCUUGACAUAUUUUCUAAAAACAGGGUGGUAGGGGGCAAUUGUAGCUCUGAAAUGGCAUAUACACUGUCCAGUGCUUCUGUACAUGCACUGUAUUUACAGGGCUAGCUAAUAAAUAUUUGAUAAAAUGC